CUGCGUUUGUUUUCCUCGCGUUCGCGUAUCAUCAUUCGUUGUGUUCGUUGUGGUGGCAGUUUUGUGCGUCGUCGAAGAAAAGUUUCAAUUUUGCAGCACCUUUGCAAAUCGUAAUUAGGUUUCGGGGAUCGAGACCAACCCGCGAGAGUCAAAAUUUUCCCCGAAAGGCAUUUCGUUUCGCGGUCGCGACGUCCGAAAAGUGUCCGUAAAUGUGGCGCAGCAGCAGCAGCAGUGAAAAUGACCGAAAUCCUACAGCAAGACAUCCAGCAGCUGCUGGAAUACUUCUCCAAGAAUCUGUACCGUGCGAAGGAGUGCGAAGUUGGCGAUGAAAUCGUGCAUCGAUGUGGAGUAUUGAUGCGAAUGGACUACAGCGUAGUCGAUAUCCCGAACCCGAACGGUGAACUCUCAGCCCAUUACCCCGCAAAAUUGCUAAUCCCAGAGCAGGAAGUCAAGAGGGUCUACCCUUUCGGGCAGAACGUCACCGAUACCUACGGCGAGUACCAUCCAAAGGAAGCUUCCAAUCCGAGCGCUCCGCGAAAUGGGGGCAGUUCGGAUUCUAGAGCUUCCCCACCGAACCGGGAUCAGGUGAUUGUCGAUGGAAAACUGGACGCCCAGCGGUUACGGUAUUUGAUUUUGAGGGCACGCCUGGCACGAUGUCGUGCACGCUUUCCACUGCCAGUUAUUCUGUACAACGGGAAAUACAUCUGUCGAUCGGCCACUCUGUCCGGAGGGCCGGAAAUCUACGGGCGGUCCGGAUUUGAAUACUUUGCGUACGCAGCGGAAGCCACACCACCGGAACCGGGAGAUGAAGCGUACGAGGCGCAAGAAGAAUCCUCAUCGGACGAACCAGAUUCCAAGGACUGGCCCCUGUUCGGGCGGUUGCGCCGGAAAGACAUCCGACUGUUGAAAGCGCUCAACGUCGGCACCAUCAUCGAUUUCAUGGUGGAGAACAAAAAAGUGAAGUUCUGGUUGAACGUGACGUCGUCGGAGAAAGUGGACAAAGAGAAUCGGUAUAGCUUUUUCAAAAUACUUGCACUGCCUUAUCCCGGUUGCGAAUUCUUCCGGGAGUACCGUGACAACAACUGCCACGGGGAGGGACUGAUAUUCGACUGGAAUCAAUCGUACGUGGAUGCGGGAAUACGGGUUCCGGACGAUUCCGUCACUGCUCAGCUGAACAUCGACUGGACCAACUACAAACAGUGGGAUUUGGUGAAGAUCACUCAGAACUACCUCCGACUGCUGCUCAAGUAUCUACAGGAGAGCAGUUCGGGGAUAUUGGUUCACUGUAUCAGCGGUUGGGACCGAACGCCACUCUUCGUUUCGCUGUUGAGGAUUUCCCUCUGGGCGGAUGGUGCAAUUCAUCAGUCGCUGGAUGCGGCACAGAUGCUCUAUUUCACGAUUGCGUACGAUUGGCUGCUGUUCGGUCACAACCUGCCCGAUCGGUUGAACAAGGGCGAGGUCAUAUUCUACUUCUGUUUUUACAUACUCAAAUAUAUCGUCGACGAGGAAUAUAGUGUCUUAACUCAUAGAUUCCGAAGCCAGCACAGCAGCGGCAGCAGUAGUAUAGACGUAAUCAGAACCGAUAGCGACAGUAUGCUGGACGGUUUGCUGUUGGAUGGCGAGAGCCGUGGUUCCAGUGUCUCGCUGAACUCGGUGUCCAGUUAUACAAGCGGGAGAAGCUCUUCGAUGCACGAUACGCAAACGUGCGUCAGUGCCGGGAUCGGAUUAACCGGUGGUGCAGCAAGCAAUAGUAUAGCAAUCGCAAACUGCGUCGGCAAUGGGAGGCAUGGUGGUGCACACAGUUGUAAUGGAGACGAUAGUGUUAACUCGUACAAUGGCAAUAACGGAUUUGCAGCGCAUAGUCAUGAAAGUAGUAGCAGUAUUGGAUGCAUAUCUCAUGAUAGCUCGAAUCACAAUAUUCAAUGGUCACCUCAACCAAGAAGAACUAGUCCUGUAACAGUGCCAAGUGCUAAUAGACUAAGACAACGUCAAGAAUCGUCGUCGUCACUGUCGGUCGGAAGCUGGCAAAUGAUAACCGGCACCGGAAGUUACCGCAGUGCCGAAUCGGUAAACGAAAUGCAUUCCCAUCUGCAGCAGAAUCCUGGACACAACUGUCCCAAUCAUUCAAACCCCCAGCCUAACCAUCAUCACCACCAUCAGCAGCAACAGCAACAAAAUCAGAACUACAACACUAAUCAACCCAGUAGCAAUCAUUCGUCGCUGUUUCAUCUAGCGGGUGGCAGCACUCCAGGACCAUCGAACAGUGCUUCCACGCCAAACGCUAACCAACAUCAUCCCAGUCAAACGACCAGUUGCUGUACGAUCAUUGACGGCGAGUACUACCCAAGCCAGCUGGAUCUGUACGCCAUACGACGUGAACGCCUCACGCAGCUCCGGACGCUGUUCUACAACUGUUACUUCUCAACGAUUGCAUUCAAGUUCAAUUCCGGCCCGGACUCCGCCCUCGGCAGCCUGCUGGGAAACUUUGCCGAAAAGGUCGGACUGGCGAGUCGAACACCCGUCUAGAGGGAAAAAACGUUCUUAAACUAAUUCGGACCGCGAACGCGUUUGUCUUCCGUUCUAACAAAACAUUACCUAGUGACAAAGAAAGAACAAAGUCUGCCUCUCUCUCUCAGUGUGAUUUGUUCAAAUAUCCCCUAUACGUAUCCAAACGCAUUGUUGGAGGAGCUUGACCCGAACCCCGAACCCGAAGCAUAUUAAUGAUGUUACUGAUUUUUUAGUCAAACUGUCGACACUGAAGAAAGUAAAUGGAAAUAUAGUUAAACACGACGACACAAUAACACCUACCGCAGUGGUGUUCAUUUCUCAGAUAUUCAAACGUAACUGUAAUACUAUUCAAACACGUAACGGCGAUUUUUUGAACGAAAUCUUAAUCGAUCUUAGCGUAUAUCUAGGGUUCAUUUGAUCGGCGACUCAUGAUGACAGAUUGUUCGAAUGAUUGCAGCGCCAGAGCGAGUCGCUUUUUAAAGUUAUAGGUUAUUAAUGUUGUUGAAACUGUAUUACAUUUUUUUUUUUUGAAAGGAAUUUAUGUUAAUUUGAUUUGUUUUUUUUUUAAUGAGAAGAACAAACGUGCUAGAUGAUUUUAUAUUUACUCAUUUUACCUUUUGUCAAACUUUAACUCGCAUACUGACAGACGAAAAAAACGAAACAAUAAGAAUUUUCCAGUAAUAGACGGUCAUCCCUGUGUGAACAUACACACAUUUAUCAGGAAACAUAUUGCAAACAAUAAAUGAAAAAUGCAUUUAAA